AUGGAAGGUCUACACUUGUAUCUCCUGCUUCUAAUCUUAGCCUGCUCCCUAUUCAACAAAUAUGUCGUCCCCAAGAUCAAGAAUCUGCCGCCAACUCCGUUAUCGGCUUUAACAGUAAUAGGCUAUCUUUGUUUCUUCAAGCAGCCCAUCCAUCGAACCCUGGCUCAAAUAGCCUCCCGCCACGGCUCAAUCUUGCUCCUCCAUUUUGGCUGCCGGCGAGUCCUUCUCAUCUCUUCCUCAUCGGCUGCGGAGGAGCUCUUCACCAAAAACGAUGCCGCCUUUGCCAACCGCCCUAAGUUGCUGCCGGGAAAGGUAUUUGGACAUAACUACACCAACCUUGCUUGGGCACCUCAUGGUGCCCUCUGGUGUCACCUCCGCCGUGUCUCGUUACUUGAAAUCCUCCCGUUUCAUCGUCUACCAGCCCAAAAUGAGUCAUGUACGGAGGAGGUGAGGCUGUUGCUUGGCCGUCUUUUCCAUUCUGAAGAGAAAGUAAUAGAGUUAAAACCCAUGUUUCUGAACCUUGUGCUUGAUGUGAUGAUGAGGAUGUUCGCUGGAAAAAGGUAUUGCACAAAGAAAAUGGCGGAGGGGGACGUGACGCAGCCAAUUUCGUUAUUGGACUACGUUACCCGUUCAUUUAGAAUGACGACGGGAGAGCCGGAUGUAGGUUAUUUUAUGCCAAUACUGAAGUUGUUGGGACUGAGAGGCUUGGAGCAAAGGUGCAAUGACUUGCAAAAAAAGGGAGAUUUGCUCAUGGACAGCAUAAUUCAUGAGCUAAAAACAAGGAUGCUGGGAUCGGGUGAAAAAGAAGACAAAGUGAUCGAGUUCUUGUUGGCUCGACAGCAAGACGAUCCUAAACUUUAUCCUGAUGAAAUGAUCAAAGGACUUGUGCUCGUGUUAACAUCAGCAGGUACUGAAACGUCGGCCGGAAUUAUGGAGUGGGCGUUUUCCCUUUUAUUGAACCAUCCAGAAGUUCUACAUAAAGCACAGAAUGAGAUCGAGAACUAUGUUCGCAAUGAUCGUUUCCUACAGCCAUCAGAUAUAGAGCAUCUGCCUUAUCUCAGUUGCAUUGUGAAGGAGACGUUGCGAAUGUACCCAGUUGCCCCUUUGCUAGUCCCUCACGAGUCAUCAAAGGAAUGUACAAUCAGUGGGUAUAACGUGCCUAAAGGCACCAUGCUAAUUUUGAACGUUUGGGCUAUUCAUCACGAUCCAAAAAUAUGGGACGAACCCAUGAAGUUCAAGCCUGAAAGAUUCGAAAAAGUCACAGGCAAAAGAGAUGCAUUUAAGCUGAUGCCCUUUGGGUAUGGGAGGAGGAGUUGUCCUGGGAAGCACAUGGCAGUUCGUGUGAUCAGCUUGGCUUUGGGCUCGCUUAUACAUUGCUUCGAUUGGGAAAGGGUCAGUGAGAAGAAGGUUGACUUGACCGAAGAAACCGGCCUUUCCUUGCUCAAGGCUCAGCCAUUGAUGGCUGUAUGUCACCCACGUUCGACUAUGGUGAAUCUACUUUCCGAAAUUUGAAGAUAUCUAAGGGAGAAGCCAGGAAUAUAUAAGUUGUUUAGGUUUGGUUUUUAUUUUAUCAAGGGUUUUAUAUGUGAUGAUAUCGUGUUAGGACGAUCGUUACUAUAUCUCAUGACGGUCAUAUAUAUAUAUGUUCUGCCUGAAACAAAAAAGGCACAAAUGUUAUUGCCAAAUGAUCCGAAUUGGGACUUGGCCAGGUAUUAGUUUAGACCGGACCGUAAUAAAUGUGUUUAGAAAUAUGGGUUUGCCAUGUAUCAAUCGAAUCAAGUUUGGAUCUACUUUUGGAUCGUG